AUGGCGGUAAACACGGCUGCUGCAGAUUCCGGUGGGGGUAGUCGCCCGGAGAGCCAGCCGGCUAGAAUGAACAGCCUGCCUCGAGCACGUGGGGUGCGCUUGCCCCGUGACGAGACGGACCGUGCUGGUUAUAACGAGUGGGGAGCAAUGGAACGGAGGGAUGAAGUGGGGAGAGGGGUGAAUAGCUUACCGGUGCGGUUGGGAAGUAUGGAAAGGAGAGACGAGGAGGGGAGAGGGGUGACUAGUCUGCCGGCGGAGUGGGGAGCAUUGGAGCAGCGGUGGAAUGCGGUGGGAGAGGCGGGAGGGUUGGGAGGGGCGGGAGGGGUGCCGGCGCGAGUCACUCGCAGCCGGACGGAGGAGAGGAGGGGGGUCGUCAUGUUACCAGUGGAAUGUGGGGCAAUGGAACAGCGGUGGGAUGCGGUGGAGAGGUUGGGAGGUGUUCCAGCGCGAGUCACUCGCAGCAGGACGGAGGGCGGGGGUGGUGGUGAUGGUGAGAGGAGCUACAGUGAAAUCAGCUGCCUUGGGAUUGGCAGUGGCAGCCCAGGGGUUAUCACACGCAGUGGCAGCCCAGGGGUUAUCACUCGCAGCCGGACCGAAGGCGGGGAGGGUUGUCACUUAUCAGACCCCCCCACCCUCCCCCGCGUUCCCUCUUGCGCCCUUCCCCGCGCUUCCCCCUGCGCACUUCCCCGGACGUCCCCUUCUUCCCCCAAAGUCCCCUCCCCCUCCCCGGAGUCCGCCCCCCUGAACCUCCCCUGCUCACGCUCCCUCCAAGCCUCCAGCGUGACCAAGCCUCGGACGUCCCCCCUGGUUCGGUCGCUAGGCUCGGGAACUUUUGCCAACGGUUACUCGUUUAGUUUGUGGCAGGAAGGGCAGGAGGCGGAGGCGGAGGCGGAGGAGGAGCAGGAGGAGGGGAAGCGGAAUGAAGAGGGGGGUUUGAGUCGGGUCAAAGAAGACCCCCAUUCUACUUUUGAGGCGCCUCAAAAGCAGCAGUCAGAGAACUUACCAACGCGUCCGCCCAUCCGUUCUUCUCCCAGGAUUCAACCAUUGGACAUCCCGUCCUCCUUUCCAGAAGGCUCCCAGGCUCAGAACAACCCGCUGCUGCGUUCCCCAGGUUUGGAGGCUGGCCGAGGGGGAGAGACGGCCAUGCAAGGCUUGGAAAAUCGUUCGACAAUUGGGGACGGAGAAAGGAUGGAGGGGAAGGCGGGUCAGGAUGGACAGGGGGGACAGGGAGCAGAGGUAAAGUUCGGUGCAGAGCGGCAGAACUUGGGUGCAGCGGAAAAGCAGAGCCAAGGGGUGCGGAACACGCAACCAGGAGCAGCACUGCGGUUAAGGCUGGGGACCCAAGGGGGCCAGGCGGGGCAGGGGGGUGAGGCGGGACAGGGGGACGAGGCGGGACAGGGGGACGAGGCGGGACAGGGGGGUGAGGCGGGACAGGGGGACGAGGCGGGACAGGGGGACGAGGCAGGACAGGAAGCAGCUGUAGAGGUGAGCGGGGAAGGACAGGAGGAGUUUGAUUUCCAAAGCUCACUGGACGAUGGUUGUUUCAGUGCCACAUUCAAACAGCCGGAUAGAGAACUUGCACAAGCACCUGAUGGGACUCCAGGCUCAAGGGCUUGA